AUGAGCGCCGCAUCGUCGGCUUCGUCAAUUCGCAGGGUGGCUCCGCUGGUCAUCCCGGCCGUAGGUCGCCAUACUGCCACCGUCGUCUUCAUCCAUGGCCUGGGCGACACUGGCCACGGCUGGGCUGAUGUUGUCAAAUCUUGGACACGCCAGUCGAUGAAUGAGAUCAAGUUCAUUUUGCCGCACGCGCCGCAUAUUCCUAUUACCAUGAAAUCUCUCGUCAAGGGUGCAGAUGAGGAUGGCCCUGGCGUUCUCCAAUCCCGCGAGUAUCUGCAUGGCCUCAUUCAGCAGGAGAUCAAGGACGGCAUUCCUGCCGACCGCAUUGUCCUCGGCGGCUUCUCUCAGGGUGGUGCCAUGAGCAUAUUCGCCGGUCUGACAGCCCCAGUGAAGAUUGGCGGCAUCGUCGGUCUCUCGUCGUGGCUUCUCCUCAACCAGAAGUUCAAGGACUAUGUCCCUGACGGCAACAUCAACAAGGACACCCCUAUUUUCAUGGGCCAUGGUGACCGUGACCCUCUUGUGCUCUAUGAACUUGCCAAAGAUAGCGAAAAGGCUCUGAACUCGAUGGGUUACAGCGUCACUUUCAAGACGUACAGGGGAAUGCAGCAUCAAGCCUGCGCGGAAGAGCUUAGCGACAUCGAGGCUUUCCUCAACAGCAGAUUGCCCGCAAAAGGACAUUGA